AUGCGCUACUCUACACUCGCCUCUACUGUGCUUUUGGCGAUUCCCGCGCUCGCUCGUCCGGUCACGAUUAACAGUCGCGCGACCGGGGAUGUCUCCAUGGUUGAGCGUGAGCUCCAAGACGCACUGAUGGAGCGCGGCUACUACGACACCCUCCUCUCUCGGGACCUCGAGGCGCGUAAAACCGCUGAAGAGAGUCCGGAUGAGAAGUACCAUAGAGAAAGGCAGAAAUACAUGUUAGAUCGUGGGGACAGAAUGAUGGGGCACGCUGAAGGCCAGACUCACUCCGCGGGGACUUCCAACAGGCCAGCUCAGCACUCCGGGUCUCGGCCUCGUCACCAUUCGUCUCCCCCACAUCCGAGUGGCGGCGCCGGGCAAGGGGCGAGAGGCCAACACCAUUCCCGGGAGUAUGACCCCGACGGCGGGCUGUUCGAACGCGACUUCGAGGUAGAUGAGCUUGACUGA